AGAGUGGAGCUUGCUUCCACGAAUAGGACAGGCCGGAACAAAGGUACCUUGAGGGCACAACACAGGAGCUUCUGGGUGGCACUAUCAGGUGCUCAUCAAAUGUAUGUGGUUCCCAUCAAGGAUUUGGAAUCAGGUUUGCUGCAAGCCCUUAUGAAAACUACGUUCCACUGCUUCCAGAAACUACAGCUUAUAGAGUUGAAUGUCAUCAGUGAUUCAUCCACUGUAGGGAUCUCACUUUACUUGCUCAUUCACUGCUUUCACAAACUGCAAUCUGCAGAAUUGGUUCUAAGGGAUGCUAAGUUACUGCUUUCACAAUAACAACAAGUGCAGGAGUAGUAACUGCAGCACAACAACAUAACAAGUAAGCCAGCU